AUGGGCUGUCUACCCUCCAAACCAUCCCCCCCUCCCAACGAAAAAUCUCAACGCCGAACCACCCGGGGCGCAUACGCACCUCGGACGAGCAAUUCAAGCAGUCUCCACGCCUCCCGACCCAUCGACAUCUCCUCAUCACAACACGCCGUCUCAACCCGCGUCAAGAACGGAUAUGCAAGCUAUCUCCACGGCCAAAGAGCUACCCACAACAGUCUCAACGAAGAAUCGACUGAGCAGAUUCCACAAAAAGAACAAGACAGAGUGAAGGAAUCGAGAUUGAGCUGGACGAUUCCGGAAAGAAGAUCUUCGCUUGGGGUUAGUACGCUGGGAGCACAAACGAAUGGGGGAAAUAUCGUUGUCGGAAAGCUGGGAGCUGAUGCACUUGAAAGUGGAAAGGUUGGAGCAGGUAUGGGAAGACGUCGAAUCGGUCAGUCGGUCAGUAAUCCGGGUGUGAGCGCUGUACCAACGCAGAUGCCGAGACAAGAUGAAGAGAACUAUGGUUCUCGACCUGUUUCGCCUGUUAGUUCGGUGGGUACGACGAAAUGGGAUCGUCCUGGCCUCUUUCAUAGGGUUUGA